CAUUGAACGUCAAAUGGGCCUAAUGAGGCCCAUAACGCAAGUAAACGUCGUCGUUUUCAAUUGAAACUAACGGCGAAGAUACCUCGCCGUUAUACAAUCGGAGAAAGUUACAAUCUCUUAUUCCGAGAAUGGUUCAGCCGCGAUUCGUCCGUCCGACGAAAUCAUCGCCUUCCUCCAAUUCCGGAGAAUCAAAUUCAUCCAAUCUAUACGUCGCCAAUUGUGGACCGGCGGUUGGACUAUCACACGACGCAAUCGCGGCGGUGUUCGCUGCAUACGGUAAAGUAAACGGCGUCUACGCGGCUGACGAUAGCGGCGUUCGUAUUAUUAUCUCUUUCGCAGAUCCUUGUUCGGCGAAAUCAGCUUUAGAAGCUUUGAAUGGUCGACCAUGUCCUGACCUUAAAGGACGGUCUUUGCAUAUUCGAUAUUCAGUUCUUCAAUUACCUUCCGAGACGCAGGUGAAUGAUUGUGUUCCAGUGUCUUUGGUUGAUUCAGAGUUGAAUAUCCCAGGGCUUUUCUUGUUACCUGAUUUUGUUAGUGUGGAAGAAGAACAGCAAUUGCUUGCAGCUGUUGAUGCUCGACCUUGGAUUGGUCUUGCUAAACGGCGUGUUCAACACUAUGGAUAUGAGUUUUGUUAUGGGACAAGAAAUGUUGAUACCAAGAAGCGUCUUGGCGAGCUUCCGUCGUUUGUUUCUCCUAUACUUGAAAGAAUGUCGUUGUUCCCGAACUUCGACAUUAACUCAGCAAGCUUGGAUUUGGACCAAUUAACGGUAAAUGAGUACCCAUCUGGUGUGGGUUUGUCGCCUCACAUUGACACACAUUCAGCAUUUGAAGAUUGCAUCUUCAGCCUUUCUUUAGCUGGUCCUUGUAUUAUGGAAUUCAGAAGAUACUCUGUUUCCACAUGGAAAGCCUCAUCUGCUGAUGCAGAGAAGUCGGGUGACUCCUCUUGCAUCAGAAAGGCCUUAUAUCUUCCUCCUCGGUCCAUGCUCUUAUUAUCCGGUGAAGCACGCUAUGCUUGGAAUCACUACAUUCCACAUCACAAGAUUGACGUGGUGAAGGAGAAAGCGAUCAGAAGAAGUUCCAGAAGGGUAUCUUUCACAUUACGGAAGGUGAGAAAUCUUCCUUGCAGGUGUAAGUAUCCACAAUACUGUGACUCUCAGCAACAAAUGUAACUGAAGAAGAGGAGAAAAAUGAAAUAAAGAAUAUUUUAGGUAGAGACAAAAUGCAUAUGGAGAAGAAAAAGAAGAACCAUUUUUGUAGCUGUUUACUCUUAAUUAUUAAACUAGAUUUUGAUGAUAAACAUUGUUACAUUUGUUCUGGUCCGGUCAAAAUUAUGUUUUCAUGUAAGAAAAAGAAACAACCUUCCUGAAAUAUCCUUCUCAUUUGUUGUAUUUAUAAUAAGCU